AUGGAACUGAUUCAAUCAAUCAACAAAAGAUGUCGCGGUUGUAAUGUAGCAAUCAAACUUGAUAUGAUGAAAGCUUUUGACCGUGUUGCAUGGCCUUUCCUGCGUGCUCUUCUGCUCAAAUUUGGUUUCUCUCCUACCUUUGUCAAUUUGAUUAUGAAUAAUCUCGCUGCCACACGUUUUUCAAUUCUCGUCAAUGGAGUGAGUAGCGGUUUCUUCCAACCUUCAAGAGGAGUUAAACAAGGUGACCCUCUAUCACCAUUGCUGUUCAUUUUGACAUCAGAAGGUCUAUCAAGAGCUUUAGUCAGAAAGAUCGGAACCAACAUUAUUCAACCGUACAAGAGUUCCUCUCUGGCUUGUCCGAUCAUUUCUCAUUUGGCCUUCGCAGACGAUAUCCUAAUUUUUGCAAAUGGUAGCCGCAAAUCCUUACAGAAUUUGAAAUCCACCCUUCAAGGAUAUGAACAUGCAUCAGGGCAGAAAAUUAACUUCUCCAAGAGUUUCUUUGUUACUUCUAUUUUUGCCCCUGCUACCAGAAUUAACACAAUCUCUCGCGAGUUGGGUAUGCAAAGAUCCUCUACCCCUUUCAAAUACCUUGGAAUAAAUUUAUUCAAAGGAAGAAAUAGAUGCAGCUACUAUCAAUAUAUUCUUGAUGGGAUCGACAAGCGUUUGCAAGGCUGGCAAAGAAAGCUUCUUUCUCCUGGCGGCAGAAUCACUCUUAUAAAACAUGUUCUAUCAUCGAUAUCGCUCUACUCCUUGGCUUCCAUUCAACUCCCUAAAGGAACAAUCCAUUCUAUUGAACAAAGAAUGGCCAACUUUUAUUGGGGUUCUCACAAUGGACGCAACAAACGACACUGGGCUUCCUGGUCCAAACUCUGCUUCCCAGAAACUGAAGGAGGACUGGGAUUUAAAUCUUUGUCGGCACUACAAUCUACCUUUGCUGCAAAAUUAUGGUUUUUAUACAGAAAAGGUGGUUCAUUGUGGAGCGAUUAUAUGAGAGCCCUGCACCCAAACCCGAACAUACCAUCCAGAUAUUCUGACUCAAUCACUUGGCGCCGCAUGAAAUCAGUUUCCUCUACAGUAGAUGACAACACAACUGUUCUUGCAAAUGAAAUAAUCUGGAAACCUUCUUCCUCAGGAGAUUUCACCUUUAAGACAGCUUACAAUCUUUUUCGACCUACAAGAUGCAUCACCUUGUCCUCAACACACAUCUGGUCAAAAAAUAUUCCAAAAAAAAUUUCAGUGUUCAUGUGGAGACUACUUCAUCGCCAUCUCCCCUUCCCUGAUCGUCUUCAAAAUUUUGGUUUCCACCAACCAUCAGUGUGCCCUUUCUGCUGGAACGAGAGUGCUUCCCUUGAACACUGUAUGUGGAGCUGUUCAUGCAGUUUGAAAAUCUGGAACCACUAUGCAGCACUUCUGGAUAUUAAUUUUACACUAGUCUCCUCAGUACGAUCUGCUUGCCAUGUCUGGUGGUUAGCAGAUCCACCGACAAGAUCUGAAACAGGCUGGAGCAAUGUUACAGCUACAUUCCGAGAUUUAAUGCCCUGUUUCAUUCUAUGGAUCUUAUGGAAGAAAUAUAAUACUUUGAUUCAUGAUGGGGGACGUUUCUCCCAUGAUAGAAUUAUUCAAGAAGUGAAAAAAGAAUGUUUUGAUCUCUCCAUUGCUCAUCCCUUUCAGUCCACUAAAUCCUCUGACCGAAGACUUAUUGACGUUGGCUUGGUGGUUUUUUUCACUGCACCAAAACCAAAGAGGACUCUCUGGAUUAAAUGGCAUCACCCUCCCUCUGGCAGAUUGAAGCUCAACUCCGAUGCCGCCUUCUCCUCGGUCUCAUGUGGAGGUGGCGCUGUCCUUCGCAACUCUAAUGGUGCCAUUGUUGCUGCUUUAUCCUUUCCCCUUUCAGCUACUUCUGCGCUGGAAGCCGAAGCACUUGCUCUCGACUUCGCCAUGAGAUGGUGUGAUUUGGUUGCACGAAAACCAACUCUCAUUGAGAUUGAUUCAUCGGUUCUAGUCCAUCUUAUCCUUCAUAAUGAUGCUCCGAUUCCAUGGAAGUUUAAUUUGCGUGUUGACUCAUUAGAGAAUAGCCAGGAGGAGAUGCGUACAGAUAUGGAGGGAAUGCGUACAAAGAUGGAGGAGAUGCGUUGUGAGAUAAAGGGUCGUAGGGACGGUGAUGUCACUACAAGAAAAAUGCACAUAGACAACAGUUUUUGA